UUUAUUCUCUCAGUUUGCAUGUGUUUCCAACAUUAGUUCAUUUUUUCAUAAAAAAAAACUUUAAAUUGAACAACAUAAUUGUUGAUGAAGAAUUAAUCAUCUUAUUUGUACCUGUGUGGGAAAUAGAAAUACAUAUCUGCAUUGUGAUACGGGACAUUGGCAUAAGGGAAAUCAUUACCCCCGAAGAUUCUGACUGCUCGAAAGAGGUUAUGUUUCAUGAAAGAUUGUUAAAAGGAACAUUCCUGCAAUAAUCUUCGAUCAAAAGCAUUGACAAUCACUGCAAACCUCGUGAGAAGGCUGUGUGUAACUGAGUGAGGUAAUAAUUAGAGAGGCACAUUCUUUUUGGAUCAAUGCCAGGAAAUCUUGAAGCAUUACACCCUCCAAUAGACUGAAUACUUUGGUCUCUAUAUAGUUCUCAUCAACAGCACAGGAGACACAAUUGAUGAUUUAUUAAAAUGAAAGGGAUUAUGAAGAGGUUUGAGAGUAGAAUACUGGUGAUAAGAAGGUCUCGAGUCUUGUGCAAAAGGAGUAACGAUUAUACACUGAACCUCAAGGAGACUCAAUUGACAUGGGCAGCAUGUCCCUGAGCCUGAACCUUGCAUGUCCAUGCAAGGAAAUCUACACCGAACGCGCACAACUUCUGCUUCCCCUGUUCCCUGACCCUAAAGACGAUGACAAGAAAGGACCUCUAACAUCACAAUUUGUAUCGACAAUCAACUCCCACAGUAACCCCGCGUCUAUAUGGAUAAGACUCAUGUCUGAGGACCCGAGUGUUUUGAAGAGUAUGCACUGCUCCAAUAAAAAGUGUGGAGAGAAGCAGCGAAAACUAUCGACAUUCUGUCCUGACAAUCCAUCACUGAGGCGCUUUGGAUUCAAGCGCUUGCAGGAUACGCUAAAGUAUUAUCCAAAACUCUGGAAUGUGAAAUGUCCUUGUCGAGCAGUCAGGUGUGAGGAAAAUGUUUCUAAUUGUCAUGUAUAUCUGGAGCUAGAUUGCAGAGAGAGAGCAACCGAUCCUGGUAGCAAGCUCUACGAUCUGCCUACAUCUUUGAACUUGAGCAGAGAAUACAGAUUAGCUGGAGUCGUCUCAUAUGAUGCGACCUAUGAUCAUUUCGUGGCCUACUGUUGCCGUCGUACUGGAACGUGGGGGUACCAUGAUGGACUACUCAGUAAAGUAAAACCUGUGAAAGGAAAUCCGGUGAUACAACCUGAAUGUGCCUUAUAUCUGAUUAAUCAGUGAGCAGGAACGUUCACUACGCUCAACAUUUCAGUUUUCUGUGUCGCCAAAGCUAGUUCUUUAUCUUAAGUAUAUUAGUUAUAAUAUGAUUCUUAUCGAAUGUUAUUUGUUAAAAUAAAGAUUUUGAUUUUUGAAAAAAUUCAGGAAGACGCGAGAUAGUGAACCAAGAGUAAAUGGUUUUUAGUUUGAUUCUUUUAAUACAAACUCUCAUGUUUGAACAUUGUUUCAUGAUGAAAGUAAACUGUAAAUAGAACAAUAUAAAAGACUGUUGGUGUA